GAUAUGGGAGGAAGAGCAGUAUCUGUCAAAAUUUUGCUGUCAUUUGAAUGUUAUUAAAACUCAGUUAAUUUUAAUCUAGGAAUUAUUUCUAAAAGUAUUAAAAAAAUGCAGCUGCUGAAAAAAAAAAAUUUCUUUCUAAGAUUUAUUUAUGUAUGGUUGAUAUUUUCUUGGCCGAUGAAGAUCCACCCUUUUGAAGAAAAAAAAUGUUCAUCACUUUUGCAUCAUUUUCAAAUGAAACGAUUCUUUCUCAAAAUUUCCUGCCUAAGCCAAGAUAAUAGAAGAAGGAGUGAAUUAUGAAUUCAAUGAAAUUCGAAAGUACAGAAGACAGAAAAUCUCAUUUUCAAAAUGACUUGCUUGAAAUAUUUGACAAAAAAGGACCUCCGGACCUCCGUCUGUGUGUCGCAAAUACCUAUGUUUGUUUGGAUGCUCACAAACAAAUUUUGGCUGGACGAAGUGCUGUAUUCGCCAGUAUGAUUUUUAAACAACAGCUCGAUGGCCUUGAUAUCAUAAAAGUUGAAGGGGUUACCCUACGAGUUUUAACUCUUAUUAUUUGUUACAUGUACAACGACGAACUAAAGACUGAUUCACCCAAAGAAUUAAUGGAAGUAGGCAAGGCAGCUCAGAAAUUUGAAAUCAGCGGUCUGAUAAGAUCGUGCAAACAUAAGCUAAUCCACUGCUCUAUUGACAGAUAUAAUGUCUGGUCUUUGAUAGAAGCAUCUAAGUUUUUCAAACUUGAAACAUUUGGCGAAAGAGGCUUGCGAUUUCUUAAAUCUUUAUCUACAAAAUCUCUGUUUGGCAUGCCAGAAUUUUUGGAAGCAAAUCAAGACACAGUGUUCUACAUUCUGAAACGCAGAGAUAUUUUCAUGGAGUCAGAUGCCUUUUGGAUGGAAGGCAUCAUUCGAUGGUUGCAACACCACAAGAGCCGGGAUCGAUUUUUACUGUCUGCAAUAAAACCUUUUUCUAUUGAUUGCAGUGAAUUCCUGGAUUUAAUAGAGAAAUAUCCAAUUUUCUUCACAUCCAAAGAAAUUUCGAGAGUUUUGUGCAAUAUGUUACGUCCUGGAAUGUUAGAAGUACCCUCUUGGUGUGAAGCGGUAUUGAAAAAGAAUAACGUAAAACCAUUUUCGAAUUAUAACGACAUUGCCACUAAUGCUUUAAAAAUAAAGCUUGAAUAUAAUAGGAGAUUUCCUAAGUCUUUUUUCUGCGAAGAAGACGAAUUCGAAGGUUCAGUUGUGUUCGAGAUAAAACUCACAAAACAUUUCCCACGAAUGCCAUAUCUUGUGAUGUUAGAGUUGGCAUUUGGGACAACUUACGUCCCAAGAGAGAAUUUAGAUCUUGAGCUCUAUCACUACGAACAAAGCACUGUGCUAGUGAAAAAGAAAAUAGAUUUUUUAUUGAAAGCUACAGAGAACCAUUACUAUCUUAUGGUGAAUCAACGUAUAUAUUUGCACAAGAAUAGUCCAUUCGUUUUUGCUCUCAAAUUACGCGCAAGUGGACUGAUGAAGUGGGGAAAUGAUGGCCCUAUUUCAAAUAGACAGUACCGAGUAGCUAAAAUUCCUGAAGAUAUUUUUCAAAAUAUUUGUUUAGAUAUUGAUGGUUAUAAAUCGAUAUGCCUCACUUUUCUUAGUGAUUGGAUGGUUUUCAUUGAUCCCAAAUAUGACAAAAAGAAUCUAGUUUUGACUAGUUUUUAUUUUGACUCUUAUAUAAAAUCUGAAGAACUAAGCUCAGAGAGUUGACUGAAUAUCUUAUUACUUAAGAUAGAAAACAUAUUGGAUAUUUUGUUAACAUAUUAAUAUAUAAUAAUAUUUAUGUUUAUUGAGAUUAUCCAGAAAUAAAAUAAUGUUGUAUAAUAAAAAAAUAAACGUUAUAAUUUUAAGAUAAUUAUCUUCUGUGUGUUAUGAAUUGAUUUUCUGUCAUAUCUUCCUUCAUUUACUGUCAUCAAUUUUUCAAAAUAAUGUAAUAUAUGUAUAAAAUAAAGUUGAAAAAAUCUUC